CUGUUGUGGUAGGCAGGAGGAGGUGGUCAGGCUGUGUAUCGCGCUAAGAGCCGCUAAGGCAGUAGAACUGCAGCUGUCGGAGUGUUUGGUGUGUGAGUGUCUUUGUUCGCGGUUGAGUCACAUUAAGUAAGUUACUGUUCCUGUAUUCGCAUUGAAAGUGCAGCAGAUGCCGUGAAUAUACUGUAUAGAUAAGAUGGAGGCUUAAACAUUGCGCCAUGUACAACGACAACAACAACGAGGGGGCUCCAGUCGUGACGCCCGGAAGCGACAAUAAGAUGAACAGUGCGGUACCCAUGAUUUCACAUAUUCCCCUUCCGCAAUGGAAAGCAGCCGUGGAGCUGAGGCACCAGAACGGCGAGGUUAAGUGGAGGUGUAAGUUUGAAGACUCGGAGAAGAAGAGGAAAGCUCUCCUCACGCAAUCUCAGAAAUGCGAACGGGAGCUGGCUGAGCUGGGCCGACGCUACCAACUUCUGUGUAAUGAACACAUUUCAGUGAAGAAACAGCUUGCGGCCAAGGAUGCGAAACUUGCUCAGUUGCAGGAAGGCGAACGGGAGCUGGCUGAGCUGGGCCGACGCUACCAACUUCUGUGUAAUGAACACAUUUCAGUGAAGAAACAGCUUGCGGCCAAGGAUGCGAAACUUGCUCAGUUGCAGGAAGUCUCAGAGAGAAUGUACCGCGAGUAUGAGGCCCUCAAGAGCAAGCACGAUGUCCAGUCCAGGGUCAUGGAGGACGCCAUGAAGUCCGCAUCACAGUGGUACAUGCAGAACCGUGAACUGAAACGAAAGAGCGCAGUUCUUGCACAGAGGUGCCUGAAAGAAGCCAGUGUAAGCAUAAUAGACAUCCCUGAUGAAGCCGACACAGCGUCAUCUACAGAUGGAGACCUUGACAAUCUCAUGAAAACAAUUAAAGAACUGACUGACGAGGUGGGACAGCUGCAGGCAGAGCUCAGUGCUACAAGACUACAAGAGUUUGAAGCACAAGAGCAGUCUAUGAGUCUGGCAUUUGAAUUGGAGGAAGAGAAGUCUCGGAGAGCGAGAGCCGAGACAGAACUUCACGAGCUGCGGAUGAUGAAGGACAACCUGGGGCGCGUGUCACGACUCGUGGCCACUGAAAUGACUGCGCUGCGAGAGCAGUGUCAACAUGAGAAGGAGGAGGCACAGAGGAUGAAGCUUGAGGCUGAUGAGGCACAGAAGGAACGCAAUGUAUUGAAGCACCAGAGCACGCUGCUGAUGGCGGAUGUGAUAGGAGAUGGCAAAUUAAUGAGGCUACUGCAGGAAGUGGAGGUCCUGAAGAGGACUCUGGAAGAGGAGCAGCAGAGGCACAUGAUGGAGCUACAGGAGCUGCAGGAUAAGCUGGAUGAACGGGAAGCUGAAGCGCAGCUGGAACUGAUGGAAGAAAAGCUGCGGCUUGCUGAGUCGGAACUCCACUGCGCACUACAGCGAGCAGAGCAGGCCGAGAAGAGGUCCUCACAGAUGGUCACCAGAGUGAAUCAGCUACAAGAUGAGCUGGAGGCAAAGGCAUGUCUUCCUCCUCCACCACCACCACCCCCUCCUCCUCUUCCUCCACCACCUCUCGCAGUGUCCCAUCCUAGAAUCUGUACUGCAUCUUUGAGACAGAGAAAUUGUGUCUCGGUGGCAGACACAGGCGCACGUGUGGAGACUGGCAACCCUGUGCUGGACAUGGCUAACAUGUUGGGUAUCCCCCGCAGACCUGCCGCAGCAGCCAUAUUGCCUGGGGGUGCCAUAGAUGAUAUAAUAAACCAAAUUAAAGGUGGAAAAUUUACACUUAAAGCUACUGAGAAACAAAAAGACGAAAAGAAGGAAGAGCCACCAGCAGCAGUACAAGAAAUGCUCUAUGUACUAGGGACUUUGAAACGUCGACAUCGCAGCUCCACACAGCAGUCAAGAUGGCCUCCACCUGCAGAUAUUGCUCUAUAAACAAUUGAUGACUUAUUUAUAUGAGCAUUGGAAGGCUUUGUGAUGUGAGCGACAUCAUCGGUUUAGGGCAUUCUGUGAGAUACGUUUUUGGGCAGUGUCACUUCUUAUUCAGAAGUGCAUAGCAAAGGUUGUCAGGUUACCAGCAGGCUUCUUCACUCUGAGGCAGAAUAUUUUAUUGGCUCAAGUUAUUGUGAUAUUUGCACAGAUAGACCUUUCACUGAUUCGCAGGAACAUGGCAUUUUGAAGAUAAUCUGAUACUGUAAUUUUCUGGGACAUGGGAGAUAAUAUUUUGCUUUUAAGUAAACUUAAAAUUGUUGUAAAAUUAAUUUGCUCUAUAUAUUUUAUAAAUUGUAAUUAAGUAAAUAAAGACCCAAAGCAUUCAAAUAACUCAAGAAAUUUUAUGGUGACAUAAAAUAAAUGUGUUAAUGCAUGUGCCUUAUUACAGAAUAGUGAUAAUAACAAAUGAAAUAAUGUUUACUUAAGAAGGAAGAACUUAAUGGUCACUUUGCUGGCAACAGUGAAAAUACCGAAAUAUAAUAGAAAAUGUGACAGAAUUUUGAUUUUUGUGUUGAUUUUAAUAGAUUUGUUUGAAGUUAAGUCAGGUUGGUUUUUAAUGUGAACAGAUUUUAAUGUAAAAUAAUGACCCUCAUCACUCUGAAAAAGCCAGCGGUGAAUUAAAAUAUUUUGAAUUUUUUAUGUUAUACAUUAUGUCUGCUUUUAUUGUAAUAGUUUCACAAAAUAAAGCACAGAAAAUUG